AGCAAGUCUACUUUUGGUUUGGAUAUAAGCAGUUUAUUGAAGUUUUACCCUUAGUUUUACCUGCAAGAUUUAACCAAGAUGGUCGUCAAUUAAUUCGAAUAUUUUUAAAAAUUUUAUAAUUAAUGAUUUUAAAAUUACUUAUUACAUUUUAAAUAUGUUUUUAAAUCUUUUAAUAGUGUUUUAUACAAUAAAAAUAAAUUAGUGCAAUACUUAAUUUUACCACAAUAUUUCCAACUCUAAGUAUGGAAAUUACUGAGAUCAGAUCAUUUUUUAACAAUUCUAUCGACGAUCUUCAAAAUGAUGGCAUUUCAAUUUUUUAAUAAUCACGAACAAGUUUUUUAAACUCAAAAUUUAAACAUUGUGGAUUUUGCUCGUAAACACCAUAUCAAGGAUUUUUUAUUUUUCUAAAUCUUCAGAGAAAUAGAAUACUUUUAUGAUCACAAUGACUUCAUCAAUGGAUAGAAAACGAAGUUCAUCAGUCAGUUAUACACCUGGAAAAGAUGAUGAUAAUGAUAAAGAUGAAAUUCACAUAUCAUUAGCACCGUAUAUUCAAAAUUAUUUAGUGCACAGUAGUCAAGGAUUGGGAUGUUGUGGUAUUGGUCUACCAGUACCAUUUGAAAGAGCAGCACGAGGAUCUUGGUGGAAUCCUAAAUUUGAUUCUGAAAUUCUUGAAGAGCAAUACAAGAGAAGUGCCUUUCCACAAUUGCGUUUAAGAUUCAGAUAUGCACUUUUUUACAUUUUGACGAUUUCUUUAUCCUGGUUAAUUUAUUUUUUAAUAAUGAGAACAGAAAAUGAGACAUCAGCAUGGCCAACAAUAGUGAUAAUAUUCAGUACUCUCAUCAUAGUAAUGUCGUCAGCAUUAUAUUUAACAUAUACAGAAUACUACAGAUCAUAUAUUGUUCCAACGUCUUUGGCAGUUGCAACGCUUUUAUGUGUCCUGUCAUUAUUAUUUCUUCUCUUAGUUCCACCUCACACCGAUGGAUUAACAUUAGUUGGACACUUUGCAUUAUGUUCUGAAAUUUUAUUAUUGAUUUAUACAGUAAUUCCAUUACCAUUGUAUGCGUGCAUUGGUCUUUGUACUGUAUAUUCUAUUUUAUUUGAAUACUUGACAGUAUAUAUUUACGAUAGACGUCAAUAUUCAAUUGGAUUAUCAACUCAUUCUUCUUCAGCAAUUGCAGAUGUUAAUUUUGGAACAACUUUAACGAUAAGAAUACUUAUGCAGAUGUCAAUUCAUAUUAUUGGAGUACAUAUUUUAAUAAUGACAUUCGUAAGAAUGAGAGGAACUUUUAUGAAAGUGGGACAAUCAUUAUUAGUUCGUCGUCAAUUAGAAAUGGAGAAACAAUUAAAGGAAAAAAUGAUUCAUUCAGUGAUGCCACCUAAAGUAGCAGAUUGGUUAAUGGAAGAAAGUGAAAAAGAAAGAGAACGUGAGGAUUCUUUAAAGAAAGGAUCUAUUCCGUCCAAUAACACGGAUAUUAGAUCAUUAUUUCGCCCGUUUAAUAUGCACUCUAUGGAAGACGUAAGCAUAUUAUUUGCUGAUAUUGUUGGUUUUACUCGAAUGAGCUCAAAUAAAACAGCAGAAGAACUUGUAGAUAUUUUAAAUGAUCUUUUCGAAAGGUUUGAUGAUCUCUGUGUACAGCAUGGAUGCGAAAAAAUAUCGACUCUUGGAGAUUGUUAUUAUUGUGUAUCUGGAUGUCCAGAACCGAGAUCUGAUCAUGCUAAGUGCUGUAUAGAAAUGGGAUUAGCAAUGAUAGAAGCUAUUAAACAGUUUGAUAUUGAACGAAAUGAAGGAGUAAAUAUGAGAGUUGGCGUUCAUACUGGAACUGUACUUUGUGGAAUUGUUGGAACGAAAAGAUUUAAAUUUGAUGUUUGGUCUAACGAUGUAACGUUUGCAAAUAAACUUGAGAGUACAGGGAAACCGGGCCGGGUACAUUUUAGUGAGAAAACUUUAAGUUUUUUGGAUGAUCAGUAUUUAGUUGAAGAAGGAGAAACUAUCAAUGGUGUAAAAACUUAUUUUAUUAGAACUCGAAGGAAAGAUUUUAUUAAUGAAUUUAUAACAAACGUAACUGCUCCUGUAAGUAUUUCUCCAUUAAUGAAUACUCGUCAUCGACUUGCCUCUUGUAGUAAUCAAUCAAAACCGCGACAGCAUUAUCUUCAUAUGGUUACGAAUAUUAAUAAUUAUCGCAUGAAGGCUAAUUCACUGCCAAGUAUUUUAGACUCUGAGCAUGAGGAGGAUGAAUCUGCUGAGAAGAAGGAAGAUAUAAAUAAAAGUCCUUCUUCUACUGCAAGUCAUGGGAAAAAGAAAGUGAGAAAUAGACCUUGGAGAUAUUUGCAGCGCCAAAGAACAACCGAUGAGAUGAUGCCAUUAGAUAUGAAUGAGAGAAGAGAUAUCGGAGAUUUUGACACAGCCAACAGAUACAAUGGAGUUCCAUUAAUGAAUGGUAUUGAAACGGAUCCAAAUCCUAUUCCUUCAAGUCCGUUAUUAGCCGGAGACGAUAUGCUGAGUCAUGCGUCAUCAAUUUGCAGCAGAAAAGACUCUGGAAUCAAAAGUAAUAGUAGACGAAGCAGUAUACAACAACAGUUAUAUUUUAUGAAUGGCAUGGUCCAAGGUGAUUUAUUGGGCCACCGAGUCAGUGGAUAUUAUACGUCAAGUUCAACCUUGAAUUCUAUGCAAGAACCUUCGUCUUCAGGACCACCUUACCCUUUCCCUCCAGUAAUUACUGAUACUUUUGGAGCUUGUUUUCAUAAACUUCGAAAACAGUCAGAUCUUCAACUUAUAAGGUGUGUUCAAGAUAACGUCAGUUCCCAAAGCUCUUAUUUCGUAACACCUCCACUAUCUAGUGUAACUUUAUUUUUCAAAAACAAAGAGAUAGAAAAAGAGUAUCGAGAAAAUGCUCACAAAGCAAAUGAAAGUUCUGGAGAUAGUCCACCAACUCUUGCUACAGCUAGAUUUAAUACUUACUUUGAUAUUUUAGUAUCCGCAAUAGUUUACUCCGCAAUAACUGCAUCUUUAUUUUUACUUUGCAAACCAACAACUUCUUUCAUUGUAUUCUGUGCAAUAGCAACAACAAUUCAGGUAUCUGUUGUAUCUUUAUGCAUUCGUCAGCUAGUGGAUCCUCAUUCUAUGUACGCAACUUAUACUCAGAAGAUCUUUAAAUUUUUCACAAGGUGGUAUCCUUGGCAUGUUUGUGGUGCUGUUUUGGUUGGUUUGCCAAUAAUGUCGAUAUUAAUGAACCUCACGUGUAACAGCUUUAAAACAACGUUGAACAAUUUCGAAUAUUAUUACAGCUACCUCAUUUUUGUCGGUCUCGUACACUUCUGUAACUUUACUCAAUUAAAUUGCUGGAUGAAGAACUUUCUCGUGACAAUCACCGCGAUCUUUUUUAUCUGCUUAGUUGCAAGUAAUAUUUCGAAUCAUGAUAAUCUUUCAUUUAAAACAGCAAUGAAUGUUACAGAGUCUAUGAAUCAACCACAAGUUAAUCUUAAAGUCAUCGAACCAAUUUUUCUAAACAGAACUCGAAGGAAUAUUGAUCCUUCUGUGCCAGCCAAUUCUCAAACUGAUGAAGAAGACAGUAAACCAUAUGUGCCUGCUGAUAUUAUUCAUCAAAUUGAUGGAAAAUCAUCUGCAACUGCAUUCAUUUCUUCAACAACGAGUACAAUCACUAACGAUGAUAUUAAAGAACAUACACAAAAACGAUACAAUGAACGAUUAUAUGAUACAGAAAUAUUUCUUGAUAUGAUUUUACUGCUUCUACUUGUCUGGUUUUUAAACCGAGAAUUUGAAAUCAGCUAUAGACUGAGCUUUCAUGGAAAUGCAGUCGCUGCAAAUGACAAAACACGGGUCCAAGCUAUGAAAAACCAAGCAGACUGGCUUCUACAUAAUAUCAUACCUAAAUAUGUAGCAGAUCAAUUAAAAACAACUGCAAAAUAUUCUCAAAAUCAUAAAUCUGUAGGAAUUAUUUUUGCAAGUAUUGUAAACUUUAAUGAACUCUAUGAUGAAUCUUAUUUAGGAGGAAAAGAAUAUCUUAGAGUAUUAAACGAAUUAAUUGGAGACUUUGAUGAAUUAUUAGAGAAACCAGAGUUUUCCAAUGUUGAGAAAAUAAAAACGAUCGGUAGUACUUUUAUGGCAGCCUCUGGAUUAAAUCCACAAGUUAGACAACAGAAUCAUCACGAACACUAUCACCUAUUUCAACUUUUAGAUUUUGCAAUGGCAAUGCAGAAGGUGAUAUAUGAUUUUAAUAGAGACUUGUUAGGCUUUAAAUUGAUUUUGCGAGUGGGUUUCAAUUAUGGAGAUGUAACAGCUGGAGUUAUUGGAGCCACAAAGUUGUAUUAUGACAUCUGGGGCGACGCUGUUAACAUUGCUUCAAGAAUGGACUCAACAGGUGUACCUGGAAGAAUACAAUUACCAAGUAGUUGUAUUGAUGUAUUAUCUGAAAGAUAUGAAUUUGAACCACGCGGCCAAGUUUACGUAAAAGGCAAAGAUAAUAUGGAUGUUUUCUUAUUAAUUGGAAAGAAGGCAUCCACUAUAAAUGAGCCAGUUAUUUGAGGUUCGGUUAAUCGAGCAAGUUAUUUAUCAAGCCAAGUUUUCUAUUAUACUCGAAAAAAACUUGGGUGGGCUCGAUAUUUAAUUUAUUUCUGUUUUGGUAGAAAAAUUUUUAGACGGGAGGAUUAUAUCUAAUUAAAUGCUUCACAAUGAGCAUGCCUUAAAUAAAUGUCUACUCACAGAGAAAAACUGUAACAAAGUGUUUAUUUAAUGAUAUUUAUUCCGAGAUAUUGUAUUUUUGUAAAUAUCUAAUUUGUAAUUUAUUAAGUGGGUUAGUGAGAAUAAUUAAAUAAUUGAAGCCUUCUUUUGCCAAGUACAAAAUACGAGAAGAUUUUGUUCCAAUCUUCUCGUCUCAAUUGUGUUGUGCACAAGCUAACGAAUAUUUUAUAAUUAUAAUAAAAAGUUUCUCAAUUAUGAAAAAAAA